AUUCAUGUUGUGCAUAUAUGUACAAAUUUAUAUUCUAUUCGUUUUAAUAAUAUAGUUAAAAAAUUGUAGUAAAUAUAUAAAAAAACGUAUUUUUAUGUAUACAUAUAAGUAUUUCUAUAUAUUUUUGUAUUUUAAGAUUAGGUUAAGUUAAUAGAUACGAUUUAUUAUAAAUUAAUAUGUCUAUAAUUAAUGAUAUUAAAAUAAAUCAUUUUUUAAUAAUUUAAAAGUUUUUCGUUGUUUAACAUAAAUGAUAUUACUUAUAAUUUAUAGUUAUAAUUUCACUUUAAUAUAAUAAAAUUUAUAACUAUAUAUAUAUCAUAUAUAUAUAAAUAUUGAUAUAUGUAUAUAUAAUAUGUACAUUAUAUAGCAUAAUAUAUGUAUAUUUAUAUCGAUAAUAAAACAAUUAUAUUUAUAUCAAAAAUAUUAUUAUCAAUUUUAAUAAAAUUUUAUAAAUAGAUAUAGAAUUAAAAAAAAUUUAAUAAUUUCAUUUUCAAAUAUAUAUUUUCGAUUUACUUAUUUUUUUUGGAAUUAAUUUAAUGUUUUAUCACAUAAAAAUAUUAAAUUAAAUAAAUAAUAAAUAUUUUAUAAUAUAAAUUUAUUUUAAUGUAUAUAAAAUAAAAAAAAAUUAUUUUAUAAUAAUAUAGUUUGUAAAAAAUAAAAAUUAAUAUAAUUUAUUGUUUUGGAAUAAAUUUUAUUUAGAUUUAAUGUUAAUAAAAUAUAAAUAAUUUAUAUUUACUGUAUAUAAUAAUACAAAUAUAAUGUUACUUUAAAUGGGAAUGUAAAUAUUUAACCUCUCUUUUAAAAAAGAACUAACUUUUAAAAGUGAAAUCUAUUUGAUGUUUUUUAAGUACAAACAUUUUUAAGUCCUAUUCGAUAUUUAAAAAAAAAUUCAUUUUAGAUUUUUUAAAAGUUAUUGAAAAAAUGGGAGAUAAUCUACGACAAAAAAUAUUACAAACAUUUAAAAAAUUACAUCGUACUCGAAUGAAAACUUUUCAAGGUGAUGAACAUGCAUUACAAGUAUUAAGGAACAAGAUAAACGAGGAGUACAAAAAAUAUAAAAAUGUCACAAAUACAGCUGCUAUUGAAGAGCUAAACAAAUUUGCGGAAGAAGUAGAACAUGAAGUACGAACGACAAUAGUUCAAGCAGUUGAAACAAAACCUGGACAUUUUGAAUUACGCAUUACACCUGAUACAACAUUAGUAGAUAAUGUGCCCUACAAAGAUGAACCAUGUAAUAGAAGUAAGGAUAAUUUAGAUAUUUCUACUUCGAAAGAUAAAACAAAAUAGUUAUGUAUAUAAAUAGUUAUGUAUAUAAUUAUAAAUAUAAAAUAAAUUUAAAUUAUGCAAUAAGUUAAA